GUAUUAUUUUUAUACACGCCCAUGGAUUAAUUUCCUCCUAUUAAAAAAAUAUUGGGCCUAAAUUUCGGCAGGUAGCAGUUCUGUAUUUAUUAAUGAAGGUGAAAAGAGUCUUUCUGAUUCAUUUUUUAUGUUGUGGUUAAUAACAAUUUUCAGUUAUCGUGGUGCAAUCUAAAGUGAAAAAUAUUUCAGUCUAUAAUAGCUUUUUUGUUUACAAUGGAAAAUUGUAAAAUGGAAAAGUAAAAGUUAACUUGUCUCAGUUAAAAAUUAAUCUCAGUAGGAUAAUUAUUGUAGUGUGACAAAUACCGCUUUUAUUAUAAUUUUACUACAUUGUUAACGACGGUUAUUUUUUUUAAAGGGUAUCUACCUUUUAGGAAUAUGUUGGAAGUCUUUCUUGUUGGAAUAGUCAUCUGUUUAAUAAUAUAUCGAAUGAAAAGGUAUUUCCGAUAUUGGGAUCAGUAUGGAGUCAAAACGGUCUCGUCGAUAUAUUUGUUGAAAGAACUGGUUAAAGUGUACCGCAGACAAAGGAUAAUGACUGAUAUGUGUAGAAAUGUUUAUAACGCCAUUCCAAAUGCAAGAUAUUUCGGCGUUUAUCAGUUCUCAAAGCCUGCUUUGGUGCUAAAAGAUCCAGAUCUGAUCACAGAGCUCACUAUAAAACACUUUAACCAUUUCACCGAUCAUCAGUUUAUGAUUUCAGAGAAGUUUGAACCAAUGUGGGGCAAGAGUUUGUUCAUAAUUAAAGGUCAAAGAUGGAGAAAAAUAAGACACAUCAUCUCCCCUUCGUUCACGUCCAAUAAACUAAAAAUUAUGUUCGGCCUUAUUACCGAUUGUGCGAAGAAUUUCACGGAGCAUUUCUUGCAGAAAAAUGAAGACGUCAUCGAAGUAGAACUGAAGGAGGUUUUUAAAAGAUUCACCAACGAUGUAUUGACAUCUACAUCGUUUGGUCUCGCUGUUGAUUCUUUCAAAAACCCCAACAAUCAGUUCUUGGAUAUGGCUAAGAAGAUGUUUAAUUUUACUAGUGGGUUUGGAAACCUUAUUAAGUUUAAUAUUAUGAUACAAUGGCCAGCUCUGUAUGAGUUUUUAGGCUUACCAGUAUUUGAUGCAACUGUUAAUGACUUCUUUGAAAGGCUUGUGGAAGAUACCAUCCAAAUGCGCGAAGAGCGGGGAAUAGUACGACCUGACAUGAUCCAUUUGCUGAUGGAAGCCAAGAAAGAAUCUCUUAAAGAGAAAAAUAUUGAUAAUGAGAAAUCUGAAGAUACAGAUACCAAAAACAUCGAACUAACGAAUAAAGAUAUCGCAGCCCAAGCUUUCUUCUUCUAUCUGGCCGGAUUCGACGCUGUAGCUACUGCCAUAUGUUUUUGCUGCUACGAAAUGGUUGUAAAUCCUGAAAUACAAGAUAGACUGAGGGCAGAAGUAGAGGAAAGCUUCGAUAAUUGUGGAGGAGCAGUCACAUAUGACACGAUCAAUGAGUUAAAAUACUUUGACAUGGUUCUACAAGAAACUAUUAGAAAAUGGCCUCCACUCUUUGCAAUGGAUAGAGUGUGCACCAAGUCAUUCACAAUUGAACCGAAAGUGCCAGAUGAGCAGCCAGUACAUUUAGAAAAGGGCAGCAUCUUCUGGUUACCUAUUUACGCCCUCCAUCAUGAUCCUACUUACUUUCCAGAUCCAGAGACGUUUGACCCAGAACGAUUUACUCCAGAAAACAAGCGCAACAUCAAAGCUGGCACCUUUUUAGCAUUUGGAUCUGGUCCCAGAAGUUGCAUAGGCUAUAGGUUAGCUUUCGUAGAAAUCAAGACAUUUCUCUUCCAUCUUUUGUACUAUUUUGAAAUAGUUAAGACACAGAAAAGUCAAAUACCGAUCAAAAUCAAGCCUACUUCUCCCAAUCUUUGCUCCAGGGAUGGGUUUUGGUUCGCUUUUAAGAAAAUUCAAAGGUAGUUAAUGGAAAAGUUAGUUUUCGUCUUUCUAAAUAACUCUCAGUUCCUUUAUACCGGGUGUCCCAAUAAGAAUGGCCCUCGGCCAUACCUCAGGACCCGUUUAUAGUACAGCUUUGAGAAAAAAAUUUUUAUAACAAAAGUUGCCUCAGGAAAUGCCUGGAAAUUAUUUUCAUAAUUGUAGGUCCACCGCUAGAGGGCGUAAUUGAAUAUAAAAAAUUAAAAAAUCAAAAUUUUACAAAAUUUGCCUAAUGAAAGGGCACUGGAAAUCCCAUCAUCGUAUUCUUCAUAAAAUUCUGCGCAUAUUUGAUUUCACAAAUUUAAUUCUAGCUUUGCAAAUAAGACGUGGGGUGAGUGGGAACCUUCUUAUGAAAAAAUGGCUGUAAGUCCGGUUCUGCUAAAUCGAAUUUUGCAUACUUGGUCUUGUUGAAAACAGCUCUUUUUCGUAAAUGUAAGUGUCUUAUUUUCGAAAUACCGUAAUAAGUACUAAUUAAUAUGCAAGCUAGGAGGUGUUAUUUAAUUAUUUUCAGAAAUCUAGUUUUCUUUGGAAAAUAUUAAAUACAAGUAUGCAUUUUUAAUCCUGUAUUACAAAAUUAGACCAAAUUAGCAACAUAAUACCGAAAACCGCAUGUCGAUACCUUUUUUCUAUCUCGAGAUAUCUUAAGAAAUGUGUAAAUCUUAAACAACUGUUACUGUCACCGGUAAACGAGAUUAAGGAAAAGUAUAGUGUACUAUAAAAAAAAACAAAUAAAUAUUUUCCGGAUGUAAACGUAUAUAAUUAAUUAAAACAACAGUAUAAAAUAUAACAAAGAAAUAAAAGCAACUACAUACUUACUUAGUACUUAGUGACUGCCUAAAUGUUCAAAUUGUUGCCUAUCACUUUCGAUGCAAGCAUUUACUCUUUCAAGAGUAGAUUGAAUAGCAACAGAUUUAACUGUUUAGACUUUUAUUUAUGGGGACGGAUUAAAGACCUUGUUUUUGCUGCUAGGCCCACUACUCGAGAAAACAUGAUCUAGAAAAUACGAAAAGCCAUUCAAAGCUAAGCGAAAGCAGAAAUUGAGACUGCUGUUCAAUCUACUCCUGAAAGAGUAAAUGCUUGCAACGAAAAUAAUGGUCAACCAUUUGAACAUUUAGGUCGUCACUAAGUAAGUAGUUGCUUUUAUUUCUUUGUUAUAUUUUAGUGUUGUUUGUCUUAUUGUUGUUUUAAUUAAUUAUAUACGUUUACAUCUGGAAACUGUUUCUUUGUUUUUUCCAUAGCACACUACUUUCCUUAACUUCGUUUACCGGUUACAUUAACAUUUGUUUAAAAUUUCGAUAUGCGAUUUUCGGUAUUCUGUUGCUAACUUCGUCUAAUUUUGUAAUACAGAAUUAAAAAUGCAUACUUGUAUUUAAUAUUCUCCAAAGAAAACUUGAUUUCCAAAAAUAAUAAAUAACGCCUACUAGCUGGCAUGUUACUUAUUACGCUAUUUCGAAAAUAAGACUUACAUUGACGAAGAAGAACUGUUUUCAACAAGACCAAGUAUGCAAAAUUCGAUUUUGCAGAACCGGACUUACAGCCAUUUUUUCAUAAAAAGGUUCCCACCUAUUAUUUGCAAAGGUAGACUUAAACUUGUGAAAUCAAAUGGUAUGCGCAGAAUUUUAUGAAGAAUACAUGAUUAAAUUUCCAGUGCCCUUUCAUUAGGUAAAUUUUGUAAAAUUUUGAUUUUUUAAUAUUUGAUAUUCAAUUACGCCCUCUAGCGGUGGACCUAGAAUUAUGAAAAUAUUUUCCAGGCUUUUCCCGAGGCAACUUUUGUUAUAAAUAUUUUUUUCUCAAAGCUGUACUAUAAACGGUUCAUGACAUAUUGCCGAGAGCCAUUCUUAUUGGGACACCCGGUACAUUCCUUUUGUCCUGUAUGUUUUUUUUUCAUCCUGUGUCCAUGUUAUCGUCAAAUGGUCCUUGUGUGACCUAUUUUCUUCCUUUCAGAGUCUAUCACUGUCCACAUUUCGACUAUUUUUGUCUAGACAUGAGUUUGUCUGUUUUUCAAUAAUAUAAUAAUAUAAAUCUAUUCUGCUAUUUCUGACCCAGUCCUUAAUUUCCUUCACCUUGCAUCUCCGGAAUCUUCGCAAUUAAUAAUUACCUAUACUGCUAGCUCUGUCCAAUAGUAUCUUACCAUCGAUUUUUUUAAGGGUUUUCAUCUCUGCUGCUUCUAGCAAUCUUUUUGUCCUCUUUGUGUCAGGUAAUGUUUCUCCCACAUGGCAUUAUUGGUCUGAUGACUGUUUUGUAAAUUCUGCGUUUCAUUUGUACCGAUAUUUUUAUUUCUCCUUACUGUUUCAUUCACGUAACCUGCGGCUCUAUUCACUUGAUCUUUUACUUGUGUUUCGAGCUUUCUGUAGCUAGAUAGUGUUAUACCUAGAUAUUUAAACUCGUAUCAUGUGUUCUAUUAUCUGACCCUCCAGCUCUAAUUUACAUCUCAGUAGAUUUGCUGUUAUAACCAUGCAUGUCUUUUGUGGGGAAAUAAACAUGUUACAUUUUC